AGGUUGCCAGCGAGGCAGGCUGUGAUACUCAUGCGCAAACACGUCCACCACGCACGUAGGUACAGCGCAUGCGUCCUCUCAAACCCGUCUCUCCGCAGCUUCUCCCUUCGAAUUUCCAGUUCCGGCCUCACAAGGGCGGGGACAAGCUAGGAAUUAUGCGGCUAUCGGUCGCAGCCGCCAUCUCCCAUGGCCGCGUAUUCCGCCGACUGGGCCUUGGUCCGGAGUCCCGCAUCCACCUGUUGCGGAACUUGCUUACGGGACUUGUGCGACACGAACGCAUCGAGGCGCCAUGGGCGCGCGUGGACGAGAUGAGGGGCUACGCCGAGAAGCUCAUCGACUAUGGGAAGCUGGGAGAUACUAACGAACAAGCCAUGCGCAUGGCUGACUUCUGGCUCACGGAGAAAGACUUGAUCCCCAAGCUGUUUCAAGUACUGGCCCCUCGGUACCAAGGUCAGAAUGGGGGCUACACGAGAAUGCUGCAGAUCCCAAAUCGGAGUAAGCAGGAUCGGGCCAAGAUGGCAGUGAUUGAGUAUAAAGGGAACUGCCUCCCACCCCUGCCCCUGCCUCGCAGAGACAGCAACCUUACACUUCUAAACCAGCUGCUUCAGGGCUUGCGGCAGGACCAGAAAGCAAGCAUCCACAGCUCCCACACAGCUCAAACACCAGGGAUUUAACUGGAGCCAAAGGGUGUAUAGCACCCUCAUCAGUGCCCAUGCUCACAGUAAUCUCUAAGAAAAACUGGAGCUAGAGUCAUUAACGGACAGUCUUAAUGGAAAAGUUUCUGGGGAACCAGAUAAAUCAUCUCUUUGCACAGUAGAUAAAAUUCAUUAUAUGAAUGUA